AUGGAGGAAUCCUGUCCAACAAUCAACAUCAUCCGGAUAGUUAUUAAAGAAUGUUUACGAAAAUUGGAAAUUUUAUCCUGGUGCUGCCUAAACGAAACGUUGAAGGAUGCAACGGGCACAUUCACUAUAGCCAGUUUGUUGCGCUCUAGGAAAAAAGCACUGCAAAGCAUAGAUAUUCAAGUUUCGAGAAGUAACGACAGUUUAGAACCAUUAAGCAAAUUGCCAUCAUCUAAUCAGAGUCUCAGCCACGGUGACUAUAGCGCAUCCGGAGAAGAUAGAGUGUACUAUGAUCGUUUUCACUACCUUGACAGGUGUAAAGUUAUACAACAAAUGUGGAAAAAAGUUAAUGUCCUCAAGCUACAACAUCAUGGACUAAAUCGAAUGCUACAUAAGGAAACACAAGUGGAGAUAACUAAACAACGAUUCAUUAAAUCAUGGGAAACUGCACGCAAGGAGCAGCUGCAGCAGUCAUUAUCGCUGCAGCUAGAUCAGCUUCAUGAGGAACAGCUUAUAAAAACACGCGAGCACUCGAAUGCAAUUGAAGCGGCUGCUUUAAUAGAGCAAUAUUAUGAUUGGAAACUUGCUUGCAUCGAACGUGACAUAGAUGAAUGGAUGAGCCGAUUUGAUCGCGAAAAAGAGCAACAAGAUUCGCGUUUUCAAAAAGCACGUGCAACGGAAAAAAUUUGGAAUGAAUUAAAGCAUAAUCUGCAGCUGUACGAGUUGGAAGUGUCUCAAUUGGAGGCUAAUUUGAAACGUUUGGAAGAACGAGUAAAAUACAAGGAGUUGUGCCAGCGAAUGGCUGUGAAACUGCAGGCUUGGUGGCGUGGUGUUAUGGUUCGUAAAGGUUUUGGUACAUUCGAUACCUCUGGUAAACGCAAGAAAACUAAAAGCAAAGGAAAAGGGUCAAAGAAGGCGAAAAAAUAA